AUGAAGGCAGACCUUGCCAAGCUGGCCGACAAGAUGCUGCGCACCCCCAGGUGCUCCCGGUGCCGGAACCAUGGCUUCCUGGUGCCCGUCAAGGGCCACGCGGGCAAGUGCCGCUGGAAGCAGUGCACCUGCAAGAAGUGCUACCUGAUUACCAAGCGCCAUAAGAUCAUGGCCAAGCAGCAGGUGCACAAGAAGCAGGUCUCCGAGGAGGAGCAGGAGGUGGCCCUGUGUGCUCAGGGGCCCCAGCUGGCCUCCGGGGCCGCGGCCGCUGUCCCGGGCUCAAGCUUCCGCCCGCUGCCUCCACCUGCCGCUUCGGGAGACGCGCAACCGGGCCCAGAGGGCCGCACGGCCGCCUGCUUCCUCGAGAGACCCCCGCGGGGCCCGAGCCCCGGCCUGAGCGCCUUCCAGCCAGUUCUGGGCGGCCGCGGCCACGUAGGGCCGAGCAAACGAGCCGCCGCGGCCAUGCCCAGUUCUCUGAGGCCCCAGCUCGGGGCGGAGGCCGCUGGCCGGGGCUGCCCCGGCCGCCUGGAGCUAAGCAGGCCGCUUCUGCCGGUGCUCAGCCCGCCGUUCGCCGACUUCGGACCCCCUCUGAAUGUCAACUCAGAUCGUGUGGUGGGGUCUGAGUACCUGGAAAGAGAGGCUUCCAAGCUGUACUGCAGCUGCUCCAGCGUGCACCCCUACCACCCGUUCCUGCUGGGCUACCAGGAUGCAUCCCUUACCCUGGGGGCCCCCCUGCAGCGGGGCUUGUGGCACGUGUCCUACAGCCACUACAGUGGAGCAGGCUUGUUACCCUGGCUGCUUUUACGGACCCUCAGUCCCAGGAAGCCAGCCAUUGUGCCCACUCUGUACCAGGCCCUGGGCACUGUCAUCUGGCAGGUGCUUGCCGAGCAGCCUGUUCCGGGCGCCCUGUGCCCUGGUGUCUGGGCCACGGAGGUGAAUCUGCCCCACGGGGAGCCCCCCAUUCAGGAGAAUGAACGUUGGGUGGAGGAGCCAGUGGAAGUCCAGUCCUGCUACUCCCUGCUGCCGCGGCCACCCCAGUUUCCCCCGCGGUACCUCUCCAUGCUCCACUUCCUGCCCCUGCCACUCCCGUCGUCCUCGCUGUCCAUCAUGUCUGCCGCGGACGAGGAGAACACUGAUGACCAGGAUGCGGAGGGGCCGUGUGAGCCCAGCCAGCCUUCGUCCCAGGAGCAGUCCGACUAG